AUGGGCAAUUGUGCAGCUCCGCAAAUCACCAGAAAUGGUGGCCUUGCCAUGACCGCCCAUCACCAUAACUGGUCAUCAUCUCCUCCAUCCACGCUCAAGCUCAUUCACACGGAUGGAAGACUGCAAGAGUUCACUCAAACCAUCAAGGCCUCUCACCUCCUCUCCCAAAACCCUAACUGCUUCCUCUGCAGCUCAGAGUCCAUGUUCAUCGACUCCAUCGUCCCUCGAAUCCACGAAGAAGAAGAUCUCUGUUUAGGCCAACUCUAUUUCCUCUUGCCUCUCUCCAUGUCCCAAGCCCCGCUCUCUUUCCGAGAGCUCUGCGUGCUCGCCAUCAAGGCCAGCACCGCGCUCGAGAGCAGCUCGAGGUCAAGCAAAAGGAAGGAUGGAGUUUCGUCAGCAGCAGGCCAUGGGAGGCGGUGUGGAGCUCCAGCCGGGUUCGACGCCACAAGACUAGAAUUGGGUCAGAGGAGCCGAAGAAUUGAGUUGUGA